AUGAUAGCCCCGCGUAAACCCAAUCAGGGUUCGGUGCGACCGAGAGCUCGCAGGAACAGCUAUGUGUUGCCCAAAUAUCCCCUCCCUCCUCUUCAGGACACAUUGGACACCUACCUAGACUGUGUGAAACACAUGGUGACAGAGGACCAAUACAGAACCACCAAAGCCAUCGUAGAAAGGUUUGGGGCCCGCGGUGGGGUCGGAGAGCUUUUGCAGGAACAUUUGAUGAAGCGAAAAGAAAACAAAGUUAACUGGAUUUAUGAUUGGUGGUUGGAUAAUAUGUAUCUAUGCAAUCCAAUUGCACUUCCAGUGAACUCCAGCCCUGGAAUGGUCUUCCCUCGUCAGAACUUUCAGGAUGAGGCUGAUCAGCUCAGGUUUGCUGCACGUCUCAUUUGUGGAAUACUGGAUUACAAAGUUGUGUUGGAUGCCCGUGCCUUACCCAUUGAUUUUGCCCGUGGUCAUUUAGCAGGACAUGCUUUGUGCAUGGAACAAUACUACCGGCUUUUCUCAUCUUACCGUCUCCCAGGCCAACAGAAAGACACAUUGGUAGACCAGAAAAGCAAUGGAAUGCUUGAAAUGGAACAUGUCAUUGUGGCUUGUCGAAACCAGUUCUUUGUUUUGGAGGUUGUCAUAAACUUCAGGCGUUUGAAUGAAACCGACUUGUUCACCCAGUUGAGAAAGAUCGUGAAAAUGGCAGAGAAUGAGGAAGAAAGGGCAGCUCCCAUUGGACUGCUGACAUCAGAUGACAGGCCCAAAUGGGCAGAGGCAAGGAAAGUGAUUUUGAGAGAUUCAGCUAACCGAGACUCUCUGGAUGCCAUUGAGCAUUGCAUAUUUCUACUAUGUUUAGAUGAACCAAGUGGCAUUGAGCCGACUGAUCUCAGUAUGGCUCUGCAGAUAAUGCAUGGCGAAGGCUGGCACAAGAACGGUGCAAAUCGGUGGUAUGACAAAACUAUGCAGUUAAUUGUUGGAAAAGAUGGAUUGUGUGGUAUGGUUUAUGAGCACUCUCCUGCAGAAGGAAUCGCUGUCAUACAAUGUGCUGAACAUCUCCUCUGCUACAUUAAAGAGACCUCAAGGAAGCUGGUACGUGUAGACUCUCACUGUGAGUUGCCUUCUCCUCGAAGACUGAAAUGGAAGUGUGGCCCCGAAAUUCAUAGAUACUUAACCUCAGCAACUGAGAGACUUCAAAGGUUGGUAGAGAACACUGACCUGAACAUCUACCGAUUGAGGGAUCUUGGGAAAGAUUUUAUCAAGAAACAGAAGAUGAGCCCUGAUGCCUUCAUCCAAGUUGGUUUGCAGCUGUCUUUUUACAGAUGUCAUGGAAGACUAGUCCACACAUAUGAAAGUGCUUCUGUGCGUUGCUUCCAGGAUGGAAGAGUUGAUAAUAUCCGAUCAGCAUCGAAAGAGGCGCUGGAGUUUGCAAAAGCAAUGAUAGAUGGAAGAGCGUCAAUCACAGACUCAAGGAAGAUGGAGCUUCUCUGGGCCGCAAUCAAUGCACAGAUCAAUUAUACUGUUCGAACUAUUACAGGGAUGGGAAUUGACAAUCAUUUACUUGGACUACAGGAGAUGGCAAAAGAACUACAAAUGGAUGUACCUAAAAUAUUCACCGAUAAAACGUACCUGACGAGUAACAAUUUUAUCCUCUCCACCAGCCAGGUACCAACUACAAUGGAUGGCUUUCUAUUUUACGGGCCUGUAGUUCCAGAUGGUUAUGGUGUUGCUUACAAUCCACGUUUUGAUCAUAUUAUCUUCUGCAUCUCCAGCUUCAAUAAUUGCAAGGAAACCUCUUCCAGCAUGUUUGCAAAAUCCGUGGAGAGAAGCUUUAAAGAGAUGAAGGACCUGUGUGUUAAGUGUAACACCAGUGCCAAGCAAAGUUUUCUGGGGAAUAUUGUUCAGAAUGGAAGAAAAUCGCACCAGUAAAAGCUUG